AUGUCUAACCCCAAAGAUUUCAAGUUCAGCUUGAAAGCCAUGAUAAACAAGCAAAAGACUAAGGUUCUUUAUGUGGAGGCUGAUAGCGAUUUCGCAGAUGUAUUGUGGAGCUUCCUGACAUUGCCAUUGGGUACUAUCGUUCGAGUCUUGAACAAACACUAUGGUGAUGAGGCCCCUGUUGUAGGAAGCUUAACCACUUUGUACAACGGCUUACGCAAUUUGGACAAUGGCCUUUUCUUGUCAGAGGACUGUAAGAACCUGCUGCUCAACCCGAUAAGAUCGUCUGAGGUCGAAUGUCGUCGGCUGAAAAUCAACGUUGACGACACGCCGCCCACAAGGUACUUCAAAUGUGGAGACACAAAUUGUCAAUUUUCGACUCUAAGCAUGUACUUUAGCGGAUUGAAAUGCAGUUGCCAAAAACCGUUGGACAAAAAAGUUUACUUGAGAGGUCUGGGUGAUAGUGGCGGCGGUGUGUUUAUUGCAAGUAAAGCGCCAUUAAUCAUCACUGAUGAUCUUCAAAUAUUGCCUAGUGUGACGAGUACUGUUGUGCAAAUUCUCCGCAACUUGGGCAUUACAGAUACAGUCGGGAUCGUGGAAAGGAGUCUUACUUUUGGAUUCAAUGAGAUAAUGGAUUUACUGAAGGGAUCGUUAGUUUCUCGAGCACCAUUGACAGAACUUAUUAUCGAUCAGAAGCCGUUGAACCAUGUUACGAUGAAAAUAGGUGUCCUACCAGUUGAUCUGAUCAAGCCUUUCAGUGCUAAGAAUGUGACACUGAAAGCCAUUGUAUCGGCUAAUAAGCUACUGUUUGCUGAAGUCGAUGGUGAUUUUGUGGAUUUCAUAUUUAGCCUGCUGGCUCUCCCCUUAGGAGGGGUCGAGUGGCUAAUGGGCUCUGACACUUGUCUUACAAAUAUAGACAAUUUGUACAAAAGCGUAUCGAAUAUGGGAAUCAACAAGUAUUUGAAGAACAUAGGCAAAACGGAAGCCCAGCUACUGCAGCCUAAGUUACCAUUAUGUUACUAUUCAAGAACACACUUUCUCUCACAGAAUGGAAUAGAUUUUGAUCCUAGGUAUUUUUUUUAUAAUAAUGAUGGAGAAUGUUUGCCCCCGUUGCUCCCAUUUUCUGGUGGUUUCCGUGUGUCUUCUUAUAUGUUUCCAGAAGGCCAGGUGACCUACUAUAGUGGCCAAUGGGUGCCUACUACAUUUGCGGAAGGGCAAGAAAAAUAUGUAAAAGGACUAAAUAUGUAUAUGGUGACAGACGAUUUAACUGUGACUCCCUUGUCUUCCACCUCGGGCUUUUCCGUUAUCAAUAGCCUCAAAAUCCCUUUAUCCGAAGUCAAGGAACUCGAGCUGGUUGUUGGUUUGGAAGAGGCUUUGAGCAUACUGAAAGCAUCUCUGACUUCGUCUUGCGCCUUAACGGAUGGCCUCAUCACUCCUUUUAUAAGGAAGCAACCGAAGCUUUUCAUGACUAAUUCUUACUUUUCGUAA